AUGGACAACGUCAGUGUCACUCGCAGUUGCAAUGCCAGAAAGAAGGUUGUUGUCGUAGGCGCCGGUAUUUCUGGCCUAUGUUCAGCCUCAAAUCUUCUUGCCAAAGGGUUCGACGUCGUCGUCCUAGAAGCCCGAGAUCGCAUUGGCGGACGCAUUUUGACCGACCACGAAGAUGCCGACAACAUUGAUAUGGGAGCCGCCUGGAUGCACGGCACCUCCUACAACCCCCUCGUCAAGCUCAUCUCCAAGCUCAAGAUCGACUACUACUAUGACGACGGCAACCCGCUCUACUUCACCGAGUUCGGACCUGCCGGCCCCAACUUCAAAGCUAAGAACGUCGCCGAUGAGUUUCUAGACUAUCUCCACUAUUGGAUCCAGAAGAACCCCGACGGACCGGACUAUUCGGCCGAGGAACACAUCCGCAAGUUUGUAGGACAGCAUGAGCUUAUCACCGAUGACGAGCGGAUCUGGGCGCCGGAAGCGCUGCGCAUUGGUGGCUACGAUCGCGUGGUGCGCCACGUUGCUCAGCCAGUCCGUCAUCUGCCGGGCGUUCUGAAGCUGCGCCAUGUCGUCCAGAACAUCGAGUGGAAUCGGUCGGGCGGCGCUUCACCAGUUGCAGUUCAUGUUUAUGAUCCUAAUUGGAAACCCGUCGUUUUCGACGGCGACGCUGUUGUUGUGACCGUCCCACUUGGUGUCUUGCACCAGAACAAGAUCAUGUUUACGCCUUCCAUUCCGAAGAACAUCGCCUCAGGCAUGUCCAGGACCAGCUACGGCGCACUCGGCAAAGUGUUCUUCGAGUUCACAGACGUCUUCUGGUCUAAACAAAACGACAGCUUGGUAUAUUUUCCGACACCGGCUACUUUGGACGAGGACAGCGAGAAGAACAAAUACCCGGUUCUCUCCUACUCUUUCAUGGCCACCAACCUGUGGGUCAUGACCGGUGCAAAGAAGCUUUGCGUCCUGCUAUCUCCUCCUGUUGUUUACGAGAUCGAAUCCAUGGGCGGCAAUGCGGAUGAGCUCUUUGCCUAUUUUGAGCCCUUGCUGGAGUUGUUUAGAACCGAGCCAUACAAAUCGCUUCCAAAGAUGGUGGAGGCAAAGGUCACUUCCUGGACGAAGGAUGAAUUCGCUGGAAAUGGCACGUACUCCACUGCGAACGUUGGAGACGAUCCGCGAAUUUUGUGGGAUGCAUUGGAGGCUGAGAAGGACUUGCGGCUACAGUUUGCCGGUGAGCAUUGCUCCCGGGCCGGAACGGGCUGUGUUCAUGGAGCAUAUGAGACGGGCGAAGUUGCCGCGGACAACAUAUCGAGAAUUCUUAGCCGCGAGUAA